AUGUUGAGAGUUGACCUGGAAGACUUUGAAGGGAACAUCACGUACGCUGAGUACACCAAUUUUAUUGUGGCAGACGAAGCUUACAAGUACCGGCUUUUUGUUGAAGGAUACAAUGACACUGCUGGUGACUCUAUGACGGUACAUAGGUAAGAAAGAUAUUAUGUUGUCUAAGAGAGUAUCCAUUUCCAGCCGCGAGAAGCAUGUUUCGAUUAGAGGUGCAGUUUUAGAAAAUUAUCAGCGAAGGGAACUGAUCAUAACGGACUGUCACAUAUAGUUUAAAUUUUGUAUCUAAAGAGAAACAAAAAUUAGAACAAAAGAAAAACGCCUGGCUUUAAAUCAUUCUGCAAUCACUAGUAAGUAUAAUUACAUGGGUUCUACGUCUAAUAAAAACUGCACGACUGUCACCUUGAUCCCUUCUCUCCUGUUCAAUAAAGCUGACUGGUUUCAUCGUUCUUUAUCGUGAGAGAAACUCAAGAAUCAACAAAGUAUCAACAAAAUAGAGGCGUUCUGUCUUGAAAUUUAAAGAUACGAUGGCGGUGCGUUUGAAGAUUUGUCCGCUUCGGCCAAAAUUUGUCAAGUCGCAACAAUUCAGCUGCACUUGUAAAAUAUUGAUGAUGACAUGAAAUUUGUCUAGAUAAAAACCUUUUUCGCUUAUGUGGAAAGGUCCUAACUUUACAAACGCGAGAAACUGAUAAACUAAGAGGCUUUCGUGAGCCUUAAACAAACUUCAGCAACGUACACUUCUAGUAAUAUGUGAGGACAGAAAGACUUGAGUGAGAUUGACAUUUCAACAGUUUUCCGAGAUCAUUCAAGAAAUGCAGGUGAGGAGCAAGGUUCCAAUCUCAUAAGUCACGUGAUUUGAUUGCGUCAUCCGAUAACCUAGACUGCUCUACGGGAGGAUCAGGGCUCAAGCCCCAGACCAGACCAACACUCAGAGUCGUGAAAUGUGCUGCCUUUUCUGUGAACCCGCAAAUGGAUAAACGUUCAAAGCCUCUCGAAAAAGGACGAUAAACCGUAGGCCCCGUCUCCUGCAUCUUCUCAGUCCUGGUUGGCAGGGGAUGUUAGGGAACACACAAAGUCCCCGCAAGGAGAAGGGAGCGAAGCUACCGGUGUUGUGUUUUGGCCUUGUUAUUAGUUUCUACAGGCUACCAUUCAAACCAACUUUAAAGCUGACCUGGGCCAACUGUAUAAAUAUCGUAAAUAAACGAAUAAAUAAAAAAACAAAUCGCUUUCUAUCUGUCUAAACAUGGUACAAAACGAGCUUACAUAAGAUUUCAUUUCAGCAAUAUGGAGUUUUCUGCGAAUGAUCAAGACAAUGAUUGA